CACAGCUCGUGACGUCACUGCCUGCGGCUCUCCCAGAUUUUUUUGGGGAAAAAGAAGUUUCACUUUUUGUUGGGAUUUGAAACUCAUUGAUUCUUAGAAAGCGAGACUCGACGAAAGGCUCAGAAGGAAGGACGCGCAAAAGACCUUUAUCAGCGUGUUCGAUCAAGACUGUAAAGAUCUUCUCAUACACACACAGAAAAAGGAGAGAGAACUUGUUUGUGAUAAUUUAAGCUGCUGUUGAAGAGCUGAACUACUCCUGAAACUUAAGCCGAAUGGGGAGCUGAAAUCAGAAGCUGGUGGGCAAUGCUCUAUAAAACCACAUGCUCUUUUCACAUCUCCAAACGUAUAAAUCAUGUCUCACCCGUCAUGGAAUCCAUCAAACACUGGAGGUGAAAACUUUGGUCAGGUGACUGCGAGGAGGGAGACCACACCCUCCUUCGGGAUCUCAAGUAUCUCCAUGUCUCAGCAGCAAGAGCCCAAGAAGUUUGCACCCGUUGUUGCUCCAAAGCCAAAGUUCAACCCUUAUAAGCAGCUGGAGGAGGCUGGGUACAUUGAAGCUGGAGGGGACUUUCUACCACCUCCCCCGCCCAUAGAGGAUCUGGACAAUCUACCCUCACCCCCUGGGACCUUCCCACUCCCACCACCCCCUACGGACGGAGCACUCUUCAAUGUGCAGGUCAGGACCCCGGAGAAGUCACUGCAGGAAAGGCGAUCGAGUCUGGAUGCUGAAAUAGAUUCGCUCACCAGCAUUCUUGCUGACCUGGAGAACAGCUCCCCCUACAAGCCCAGACCACAGCAGAACUACGGAGGAACCUUGUCUAACACCUCAACGUUAUCCACUCCUGUCACUGGACACAAGCGCAUGGUGAUCCCAACCCAGCCACCCCUGACGGCCACCAAGAGAUCCGCUGCCAAGCCCCAACCUGCUACUGGUCCUUCUGCUCCUGCUGCUGGCAUAGUGGUGCCCAAACCACAGUCAAUGCCUCAUCCAGUCCCUGCCUCCUACACCACAGCCUCCACUCCCACCCGUCCGACUUUCAACGUGCAGGUGAAGAGCGCCCAGCCCAGUCCUCAUUACAUGCCCCCGGGGCCGCAGGGCUUAUCCCCGGCCUACAACCAGCAAUAUCCCCAACAACCAUCUCGAUCCCCUGGCCCAGUCCAAUACAUGCCUACCCAGCCCCGCAGCCCUGAUUUUGCAUACGGCCCUCCACAGCCGUCACGCCAGCCUGAACCCAUGGCCAGCCAUGCUCCUCCUCCUCCAAGGGCUUACUAUGAGCCCCAGUACCCUGGAGGAGUGGGUCAAGGCGCUGCCUAUGGAGCUCAGAACACCUGGAGACCCGAGCCGGCUUAUCCCACUUCUGCCACCUCUGGCCCAGGAUAUCAGCCUCCAGGCCCCAGGAAGACAUACAUCACCGACCCGCCUCCAGCCAUGGCCCCAGCACCCAUGGCACAGUACGGAGCUGCCCCAGGGAUGCAGCAGAAGGGUGGUUCCAUCCCCCCCGUGCCCCCUGGCCCUGUUCCCAGCCACACAGCAGCCCGGCCCGAGGACGAACUCGAACGCCUCACCAAGAAGAUGCUGUACGACAUGGAGCACCCUCCCUCCGAGGAGUACUUCGGCCGCUGCUCGCGCUGCUCAGAGAACGUGGUGGGUGAAGGCAGCGGCUGCACCGCCAUGGACCAGGUCUUCCACGUGGAGUGCUUCACCUGCAUGACCUGCAGCCGCAAGCUCCGAGGACAGCCUUUCUACGCCGUUGAGAAGAAGGCGUACUGCGAGCCCUGCUACACCAACACUCUGGAGCAGUGCAACAUCUGCAAGACACCCAUCAUGGAGCGCAUCCUACGAGCCACGGGCAAGGCCUACCACCCCCACUGCUUCACCUGCGUGGAGUGCCACCGCAGCCUGGACGGCAUCCCUUUCACCGUGGAUGCAGGGAACCACAUCCACUGCAUCGAGGACUUCCACAAGAAGUUUGCUCCACGCUGCUCUGUGUGUAAGGAGCCCAUCAUGCCGGCCAAUGGUCAAGAGGAGACUGUCCGCAUCGUGGCGCUGGACCGCGACUUCCAUGUGCAGUGUUACCGCUGUGAGGACUGUGGAUCCCUGCUUUCAGAGGGGGACAAUCAAGGCUGCUACCCGCUGGACGGACACAUCCUCUGCAAAACCUGCAACACAGAGCGCAUUCAGACACUGACUGCGAAGGCCAGCACAGACCUCUGAGGGACCACACCUUACCGAUAGAAAGAAAGAAAGCUCAAACUCACACACAAACACACAGUAUAAACAGCACAGAUAUGUAUACACACAAUCACGUAUUUUAUUAUAACUCACGUUCAUGUAAAAUGUCAACCCUUUCCGGUCCAGGUUUUGUAGGGUGUGUUUCUGACAUCAGACGUGGUCAAGCAGCGAGUCUGGAUUGCAAUUCAAAAAGCACCUGCUGUAUACUAACCUACCGUGCAAUUGGGUUGCCCUUAUGAAUUUGGAGAGUCUCAAACUGCAAGACAAAAGAAAAUAAGAGUUUAUGAGACAAGUCCUAAGUUUCUGAGACAAAUGAGUUUUAAGUUGCUGAGGAGUUAACUUCUCUCUUUCAUUUGCACAGGUAAUGGUGCUUAUGCUAGUGAGUGCUUAGCACAACUAGUUUUCUCAUAGCUGGGUUUGAACCAACACCCUUCUGUACUGAAGCCCAGAGCUCAAAUCAACUGGUGUUUUGCAUGCCACAUUCCGUUUGCUGAUUCCUUCAAACAGCUUGUCAGAAAAAAAAGUGACAGAACCGUAGGCCCUGCUGUCUGGGCUGCGUGUUUGGGUGUCCAGUGACAUGGCUGCAUGCUUGCUGUACAUACUCCUCAGUGUCAGAAGCACACCAGUUCCAUGCUGUGAUUCCUCAUGCCUUUCAGGUUGUGCAGUACCACACAGUGCCGCAAAUGGACUGCGCGUGCCUUUAUAAUGUAAAUGUAUUUCGACUUGGAAAGGGUUAAACAAAAAAUAAUAAAGUAAAAUCACACCACACAAACACACACA